CCGGUGCCCGGCGCGCUCCCCUCAAGGGAAGCAGAGCUGCCUCGGAACGCUCAGGAGCGGGCGGGACAUGGACUCAGUGGUCUUUGAGGAUGUGGCUGUGGACUUCACCCCAGAGGAGUGGGCUUUGCUGAAUCAUGCUCAGAGGAACCUCUACCGAGAUGUGAUGCUGGAAACCUUUAGGAACCUAGCCUCAGUAGGAGAAAGCUGGAAAUGUUAUGGCAUUGAAGAACAGCACAAGAACCAGGGGACACAUUUGAGAAGUCAUGUGGUGGAGAUACCCCUAAAAAAUAAUGAAAGAAAUCAAUGUGGAGAAACCUUCAACCAGAUUCCAAAACUUAAUGUGCAUAAGAGACUUUCUACUGGAGUAAAAUCCCAUGAAAACAAUAAGUUUGAAAAAGCCAUCAUAAAUACUUCAUCCCUAAAGAGUCACAUAGCAUCAUCUCAACAUGGACAAAAACUCUAUCAAUGUAAGGAGUGUGAGAGAACUUUUAUUUGUUACUCAUCCUUUAGGGCACAUGUAAGAGCUCACACUGAAGAGAAACCCUAUGCAUGUAAAGAAUGUGGAAAAGCCUUUAUAUAUUUCUCCAAACUUAGAGUACACAUAAGAACGCACACUGGAGAGAAACCUUAUGAAUGUGAAAAGUGUGGGAAAACCUUCAGAUCUCCCUCAAACCUUUGGACACAUAGAGAAACUCAUACUGUUGAGAAACCUUAUUCUUGUAAAGAAUGUGAGAAAUCCUUCUCUUCUCCUUCUUCCCUUAGAAAACACAUGAAAGUUCACAGUGCAGAGAAAGCCUAUGAAUGUAAGGAAUGUGGGAAAGCCUUUCUUCAUUCUUUUUACCUGAUCAUACAUGCAAGAAUGCACACUGGAGAGAAAGCAUACAAAUGUGUGGAAUGUGGGAAGGCCUACAGUUGGCCCUCAGACCUUAGGAUUCACAUGAGAACACACUCUGGAGAAAAGCCUUAUGAAUGUAAACAAUGUGGAAAAUCCUUCAGUUCUCCCUCAUCCUUUAAGGGACAUGUGAGAACUCACACUGGAGAGAAACCAUAUGCAUGUAACGAAUGUGGGAAAGCCUUCAGUAGUCCUUCAUACUUUAGAACACAUGUGAGAAUUCACACUGGAGAGAAACCCUAUACAUGUAAACAAUGUGGGAAGGCCUUCAGUUGGUCGUCAUCUUUUCGAGGACAUUUGAGAACUCACAGUAGAGAGAAACCCUAUGAAUGUAAGGAAUGUACAAAAACCUUCAGUAGACUCUCAUCCUUACAAAGACACGUAAGAAUUCACAAUGGAGAGAAACUAUCUAAAUGUAAGCAAUGUGGAAAAGCCUUCUGUAGUCCCCAUCCUUAAAAAAACACAUAAGAACUUACACAGGAGGGAAAACCUUAUGUUAGUAAGUAACAUGGGAAAGCUUUCAUGAAGAUUACUUAAUGUACACAACAAAUUUCAUAUGGUUAGAAAUUUUUGUAAAGGUCUUAUAUAGUGUUGGCUUUAUUAGUGCCUUAUGCUUAAAGUAGACCUCUAGCACAUUAUUUCUGGUUCUGUUUGAGAAAAACACUUAGGAGAUAAGUAUUCCUUUAUGUAUUACUUUCCAAGGGGUGCUAUAACAAAUUGCCACUACAUUGGUGGCUUAAUGACACAAAUUUAUUCUCUUACAAUUCUAGAGGCUAGAAGUCUGAAAUCAAGGUGUCAUUAAGGUUGGUUUGUUUUGGACAUUCCCAGGGAGACUCUGAUCUCUCCAAGCUUCUGGUGGCUACCAUCAAUGCUUGGUGUUCCUUGGCUUGUAGAUGCAUCAUUCCAAUCUCUGCCUCCAUAUUCCCAUAUCCUUCUCUAAGAGUUUUAUCCCCUUCUCUUAUAAGGCAUUGGAUUCAGGGUCCACCCUAAUCCAUCAUGAUCUUGAGAACCUUAAUUACUACAUCUGCAAAGAUGCUUUUUCCAAAUAAGGUUGCAUUCACAGGUUCUUGAUAGAUACAUCUUUUGGAGGGCACCAUUCUAUUACAUACCUGCUUAGUCAAAUUAUAUAACUUUUGGUAUAUAUACUUUUAAUUAUGAAUUACUUAUGCAAAAAUUGUCCUAUUUGUAAUAUAAAGUUUUUCAGACUCAUCUUUUGGAAGUGUGUUGCCAAUAUGCAACUGUUGGGAUUUUAGAUAUAUUUAUUUCUAAUUUUCAUUAUGUUCCAGACAUGUAGCUAUUAUGUUAAUGAUACUUUAGUAUCAUUAGGAUUUUAUUUCUGGCCUAACAUCACAGAUACUGGAAUUGAUAUAUCUGAUACAUAUCCUCUCUUUUCUCCUUUCUAACACGCUAUUUAUGGUGCUCUUAGUCUUUAGUAUUAAAAAAAUGUAUAUUCAGUAUUUUUUUCUAGUUACUAGGCACAAUAUUUCAUUAUCCUGGGAAGAACUGCUAAACACCAGGCUGUUGAAUGAGGACACCCUCGUCUGACUUAUUUUCCUCUUUUGCUGUUUUCUGUUUAUCCUAGCUCCUGGCUGAGAAUUGGACACAAAGUUUUGUAUUAAAAACAUAGAACUUGUUGCUUGAAGAUGAUAAAAUAUAGAGUAGAUGUAUGGUGCAAGAUUACCCUUUCAACAUGGGUACAUUUGAUAGACUCUCUUCCCUAUAUUGGUGCAAGUUGACCAGUGGCAAGACUUGCAUGAGAUCUGGAAAGCAGAAAUGAAUACUGUGUCAUACUUAGUUUUUGGAGCUACCAUACAGGGAGAUAAACAAGGUGCAUAAGGGCUUGACAGAUGCCCAUUUCCAGCUGUUUUUCCUGCUUUCUGGGCCCACCAAUAAAGGAUGUCCACAAACCAAACACCAUACCUCCAUUGUUGGUGACUUCCACAGACAUCUCCAGUAACUCUCCUGACAUAGAUCUACUUCCAUGCUCAUCCUUCCACAAUGCCCACACAAGCCACUUGUUUGUACUUUUGUGAUUGGUGACUAUCACUGUUGCUCUGACUCCCCUUUGUCUAGUUCUUACCAAAUUUGUUCUAGGUCUAAUUUGUGCAUUGAAUAUCUUCUUCCAUGUGUCUAGUGGCCCUGUGUUCUUGGCUCCACCCUGAAAGUUACACUUGUAGCAUCAGAAAACACAUAGGACUUUGUUUCCUGAUUGCAAUGUUGAGUGGUUGUAUUUACCCUGUACUUUUUGUUUCUGGACAAUUCCAUAUGAGUAAUAGACACCUUGUAGAUAUAUGAAGCAGAUUGUAGGAGUUUUCUGUUAUUCAGAGCUGAAUGCCAUCUCUAAACAAUAAACUCGAUAUGUGUUAAGUAAUUACCAUUUUUAAAUUUGGAAAAUAAUCUACAUUUUAUAUGAAAAACACAAGGUUCUGUAUAUAUUUCUUAGAAAAAUCCCAGAACUGUUUUUAUAUUUGCUUUGUACUUAAAUUUUUAACAUUAUAAUUCAUGUACUGAGAAAGGAUAUGUCAAAGUGUUCCAAUACAAUUAUGAAUUGUUAAAUCAAUUUUGUAAUUUUAUGUUUUUAAACAUGUUAGGUCUGAGACCAUAGUGCUAAAUGUUUUUGAAUUUUUUAUGUGAUUUUAAAAAUUCUUUUAAUGUUAAACAACUUUCUCAUUAAAAUGAUUUAUUUAUAUAAAGAUUACAUAUUGGUUAUGUCA